AUGUCGACUGCCCCCAGCUGCUGCACUCGCACCCCCAUUGGGGCCACCGAGGCUGUCCCCGUCGAGAAGAUUGCCAGCCUUGAUACCUACGUCACAGGAAACAAGUCCUCCAAGUCCGGUAUCAUCCUGGUCUACGACAUCUUCGGCUUCUACCCACAGACUCUCCUCGGUGCCGACAAGCUCGCCGAACAGACUGGCGCCGUCACCUUCGUCCCGGAUCUGUUGGACAAGGUCUACGCGGAGCAGUCAUGGAUUCCCCCCGACACCGACGAGAAGAAGGCUGCGUUCGGCGCUUUCUUCACCAACACUGCUGCCCCUCCUCUAGCCCUGCCCAAGCUCAAGGCUUGGUUGGCCGAGGCCAAGACCAAAUAUCCUACCGUUGAGAAAUGGGGUAUUGCUGGUCUUUGCUGGGGUGGAAAGCUUGCUGUCCUUCUUUCGACCGAGGGAACUGAGUUUGCUGUCUCCGGCCAGGUUCACCCUGGUCUCUACGAUGUUGCCGACGCCAAAGCCGCCGUCAUCCCUCACAUUUGCCUUGCCUCUAAGGACGAAAGCGCCGAAGUGACCGCUGGCUACCAGGCCGUUUUCGCCGAGGGCUCUCUCGGUUCUCGUGCCGACACUUACCCAACCAUGCACCACGGCUGGAUGGGAGCGCGCGCAGACCUUGAGGACGCCGAGAACAAGAAGGAGUAUGAACGAGGAUACAAGGAGAUCGCAGACUUCUUUGCUAAGUACCUGUGA